AUGUCCUAUGACAGGUAUGUGGCUAUAUGCAAGCCUUUGCAAUAUCCAGUCAUCAUGAGGAACAAAAACUGCUACAUUAUGUCAGUAGCUGCCUGGUUUUGGUCUUCUGUGCAGGCGUUGACAUGUUCCCUUUAUGUACUACCUCUUCCCUACUGCAAGUCCAAUGUGAUUAAUCAUUACAUGUGUGAUUAUCCAGCCCUUGUACAGUUGUCCUGCUCUGACAAUUCUGCAUUUAAUAAAGCUACGUAUUUUGGUGAUUUCCUGGUGUUUCUCAUCCCCAUCUCGGUCAUCCUUGCUUCCUACAUAGCCAUCCUUUUGCAAGUCUUGCGAGCAAGCUCCUCUGAGAGAAGCCACAAGGCCUUAGGGACCUGCUUGUCCCAUUUGUGUGUGGUCGGUCUCUUCUAUGGAACAGCCAUUUUGGCAUACAUGACACCCAUGUCCUCCUAUUCAGCUGAAAGAUCCAUGAUUAACAUAGUUUUUUAUACCAUGGUUCCUGCCAUGAUGAACCCUUUCAUAUACAGCCUGAGGAACCGGGAUGUGUUGGCAGCACUGAGAAAACUUUUCACAAAAUACACGUGGCAGAAACUAUUUGAUAAGUGA